AUGGAGGAUGCUCAGCCGCGCCUCAGAGGGAUGAAGAUCGACGACAGCAGUACAGUCAGAAGCGGCGUCUCGUCAGAGUCGGGCAACGACUUCGCCGACUCGCCUCAUCCCCCUCCGCUCCCUCGCACGCCCGCGCCUCUCGCCUACGUCCUGAUUCGAUGGCUCUUCCGCUUUGUCCUGGGCGUGUUCUACUCGACUGUCGUCGUCGAAGGCGCCGAGAAUAUCCCUGAGGAUGGAGUACCUUGCAUGCUCACAGCAAACCACUGCAACUCGCUCACCGACGCCCUCCUCCUCGUCACGACCGUCCCCUCUUCGCGCCGAUCCUUCCUCCGCCUCACCGCAAAAGACACCCAAUUCGGCCGCGGGACGUUCACUUCCUGGCUCAUCGAGUCCGCCGGUACUCUUCCCAUCAAGCGGCCGAAGGACCACAAGGGCGAGAAGGUGGAUAACUCGGUUGUCUUUGCGACGCUGAUUCGGGCGCUCGAGAAGGGUCAUAUGACGGUGCUGUUUCCUGAGGGGAUGUCGAGGUAUUGGCCGCAGAUUGCGGAGUUGAAGCAGGGUGUCAGCAGGAUUGUGGCGGACACGUUGACGAGGCAGAAGGACAACCCGAAGUUCGAGUUGGCGAUUCAGACGGCGUCGAUUACCUAUCUCCACCGAAACCUCUUCCGCAGCGACGUCCUCGUCACCUUCCACAAACCAAUCUACGUCUCCGCCCUCACCCACCCCGACCUGAUCGCCCCCUCCCUUCCCACCACCCCCUCUCCCACCCCCUCCGCCCACGAGCGCGCGAUCCGCUCUCUAACCGCUACGAUCGGCACCUCCAUCCGCUCGGGGAUCCUCGACGCCCCCUCCUGGUCCGUCAUCCGUCUUGCGAAUACCGCAAGGCGGUUGUAUGCUCCGUUGGGGACAAAGUUGAGCCUGGGCGAUCAUGUGAGGUUGACGCAGAGGUUUGUGGAUGCGUUGAUGGGGAAGAGGGCGGAGAGGACUUGGGAUGAGAUCGCUGGGGUACAGGGUGGAGAGGCGGCGAGUGGGUUGAAGGGUGCGCCGGCCGAGAAGAAGAGGGAGAGGGAGACGAGGCCGGAUGUGAAGAGGAUGUUGACGGAGGAAGUGCUCAAGACGCCGCUGGUCGAGAAGGGUAAGAAGGACGGAUUGCAGGCCGGGUACUUCGCGGUUGCCUCACCACCUUCGUCCGUCAAGAACGGGGACGGAGCGCGGACGGAAGACGAGGCAGACGACGAGGAGCUUGAGCGGCUGAGGAGGGACCUUAAGACUUAUCAGGACCUGCUAUACUUACACGGCAUCAAAGACGACCGCAUCCGCAACCCGCGCCUUCUCCGGCGCCGAACCCUCCUCAAACGCCUGCUCGUCCGCCUAGUCGGUUCAAUCUGUCUCUUCACCAUCUCGAUACCGGGGUUGUGUCUGUGGUUGCCGAUCUUGUGGAUGGCGAAGAGGGAGGCAGAUAAGUUGGUUCGGAAGGGGCCGGUGUUUGAUACCUACGACGAGAUCGCCCAAAUCAAACUCACCUACGGCCUCCUGACCGGUCUCGCGGUCCUGACCCUCUCCUCACUCCUCACAUUCCCCUUCCUCCCCUUCCUCAACCUCCCCUUCCUCCUCGGGCUAAUGUGGCUCACCCUCCGGUUCCUCGAAGACCUCUUCUCUUCUCUCCGGGCACUGCUCGCGCUCGCGAGGCUGUUGAUGCUCGGAAAACGCCAACUCGUUCUCCUACGCUCGAUGCGAGCGGACCUCCACUCCCGCGUCGAACAACUCGCAGUCGAACGCGCGGGGUUGCCACGUGACGCAGGGGUGUUUGUGAGGGAGAGGGAGAGGAGGUGGAAGAGGAUGGGGUUGGGAGCGGUCGAGGGAGGACUGAGGAAGUGGCUUGGGUUCGCGGCGUUUUUCGAUCCGAGGAGGAGGAGGAAGAAAGACUGGAACGAGGCGCUCAAGCUGUUUGACCAGACCGAAUUUCAGGAGGACGACGUCCUUCCCCCGGGCGUCUCUUGA